AUGGAGGCGGCGGCGAGGCCGGUGCCGGCGGGGGUGGUGGCCGGGGUGGUCGCCGCGGUGCGGGAGCCGGCGACGGCGAGGCUGGCCGCGAAGGUGCUGCUUGUCGUGCUGCUGGAGGAAGGGAACAGGGAGACCGCGGUGGAAGCCGGCGCGGCGUCGGCGGCCGUGGAGGCGGUGGCGGCGUCCGGGCCGGCGGGGGCCACAGCGGAGCGCGCGUUGGCCGCGCUGGAGCUCCUGUGCACGGCCCCCGGCGGCGCCGCGGCGGUGCGGAGGGAGGCACUCGCGGCGCCGGUCCUGGCGCGGGCGGUGGAGGGGAUGUCCGGCCGCGGGCGGGAAUGCGCCAUCGGCGUCCUGGCCGCCAUCUACGGCGGCGUCGUCGAGGAGGACGGGGCGGAAUCACCACCGCCACCAGAAGUAGUGAAGGCGGUGGUGGCGGCGAUGCAGGGCGAGUGCAGCGCGCGCGGACGGCGCAAGGGUGCGCAGCUCCUUCGCGCGCUGCAGGAGGCCGGUCGCCUUGGGCUCGCGUGGGACGGCGUCGGCGAUCACUGA